AUGCUGAACAAGUUUACUCUUUAAUUUAAGGAUAAACAACUUGAAGAAAAAUAUUAGAAUUACCAAUUAAUAUCAAAUCGAUUACCACUUUUUAAGCAUUUGACUCUUGGUCUUAGUGUAGCUGGGAUCAUACGAUUUUGCUAGAUACUAAUAUCUGGUGAUUCUAAACUAUGGUUUAUAUAUGUUCUUUUUAUAAUUGGAGUGAUAUCUUUAGGGACUUUUGUUUUAAUAAAAAAGAAAAGUAUACGUAUAGCAUUAGUAAUAAUUAAUCAUUUGAUCAUUUUAACUUCAUUAGAAAUAGAUAAUCAAUGUUCACCACAUUAUUACUAUUUAAGGGGGGCAAGUAUGAUGUGUAUUCAUCUGGUAAUUCUUUUACAAGGUGAAUUUAUAGAUGCUUUUUUUUCCAUUAUUAUCAUAACAACAAUUAGAUUGCUUACCAUUUUUCUUUAGGAUUCAAUAUUUCCUUAUCCAUCAAUGAUGAUAGCAAUAAUUUUGAUAGGUUAUCUGUUAUACAUAAUUUACAAAAAUAAUCUCGCUUUUAGAUCAUAAUUUUAAUUAUCCUGUUUGGACAAUCAAUGGGACUAAGUAAUUACAACUCUAAUAGAUGAUCCAUAUUUAUUAAUUAAUUUCAAUGAAAGCAAUUUAAGUUUUAAGUUUAAGAAAUCUAAUAAGUUUUAGUUUAAUUGUGAAAAUGAACUGGAUUUAAAAUUAUUUUUAAGAAACACUAAAUUAAUUGAAGGAAAAAAUAGCUUAGAAUAAUUUUUAUUUAAGAGCAUCUAAGAUUGCAUUUUUGAAAAUACAAAUCAAUAGUUGAAAUAACAAAUUUAAAUUAUUCAUGACAAAAAAGAAUUCACUCUACAAUAUUCUAUUUUUUUGGGAGUUUAACCAUUAAUUUUGAUAUAAGUAUUAAAAUUUUGCAAAAUCCAAAUAAUAGAAGAUAAAAAAUUCAUAAAAUUAGAAAGCUCUUAUUAAUUCAAAUAUAAAAAAUUAUUAAGUAUCGUUUAUAAAAGACUUAAUAAAAUGAUGAAGAAGAAAUCUACUUUUAUUAUUAUACAUUCAAUGUAUAAAUAAAUAUUGUAUUUUUAUUUAAUAGAACUUUGUGAAUAAAGUUCUCAGUAAAUUAUUUACACUUUUAAAUUAUAAAGUGUCUUAAAGAAAAUAAAGAUGAUUUAUAACUAUAGAUCUAUUUAAAUAUAUAAUUCAAUAUCAUCAAAUAUAAUGGGUAAUAAAUCAAUUUUAUGUUUGAUUCUUAUUGAUGUGAUUGAGUAACUAACAACCCAUAACAUUAAAAUCUCAUGUUCAUAAUUAAAUGAAAAUGAAUACUAAAUAAAAAUUGAAGGUGUUAUAAAUGAUAAAGCUUAGAAUGUUAUAUACAAAAGACUAAAAACGUAAGAAUGGUUUUUCAAGAAAUUCACAAUUGACUAAUCAUGUAAUAGUUAUUUAGUAAAUAAUUUAUAGGUAUAAAAUUAAUUCUUUGGAAAGACCUACCUGAAAUAGAAGGUUAAGGAAUAACAAAAUGA